CUCCUAUAUAUAUCUCUCUUUGCAGCACAUCUUUGGCAUGAACAUUCCACAUUCUUCAAACCAUUGGAAAUUCUAGAGAGACGAGUAAGGAGAUGGCAGAACCACUGCUAGAAAAGGGUGGCGAGCAAGAAGUAGCAUCAUCAUCAUUGGAGAGUACAUUCUGCCAAGAGCUGAAGAGGAUAAGCUCCAUGGCGGCUCCAAUGGUGGCUGUUACUGUUUCACAGUACCUUCUCCAGGUUGUGUCGCUGAUGAUGGUGGGACAUCUCGGAGUACUGGUCUCCUUCUCCGGAGUUGCUAUUGCCACCUCUUUUGCUGAAGUUACCGGAUUCAGUGUCCUAUUGGGAAUGUCUGGUGCAUUGGAAACUUUGUGCGGGCAAAUGUAUGGUGCAGAAGAGUAUAGAAAGUUUGGGAACUACACCUGGUGUGCUACAGUGACUCUGAUGUUGGUUUGUGUCCCCAUAUCUCUGGUGUGGAUAUUCACUGAUAAAAUACUCAUGUUGUUUGGUCAAGACCCUGAAAUUUCUCGUGCAGCUUGUGAGUACUGCAUAUACCUCAUACCGGCACUAUUUGGUUACGCUAUUCUUCAGGCUUUGACUCGCUACUUCCAGACUCAGAGCAUGAUCUUUCCCAUGGUUUUCAGCUCAAUUACCUCACUGUGUUUGCAUAUUCCUAUUUGUUGGGGUCUGGUUUUUACGUUGGGCCUAGGACACGUUGGAGCUGCAUUAGCCAUUGGAGUUUCUUAUUGGUUGAAUGUGGUUUGGCUUGCAAUUUACAUACUCUACUCCCCUGCUUGUCAAAACACCAAGAUAGUGUUUUCUAGUAGUGCUUUACUUUGCAUUCCAGACUUCUUAAAAUUAGCUAUUCCUUCAGGACUCAUGUUAUGUUUUGAAUGGUGGUCUUUUGAGGUGCUAACUUUACUUGCAGGGCUUUUGCCUAAUCCCCAGCUUGAAACAGCAGUACUCUCAAUCUGCCUUAACGCUACUAAUUUACACUACUUCGUUCCUUAUGCUGUUGGAGCUUCUGCAAGCACUCGGGUUUCAAAUGAACUAGGGGCAGGGAAUCCAAAGGCAGCCAAAGGUGCUGUUCGUGUGGUCGUGAUUCUUGCGGUUGCAGAGGCAGUUGUUGUGAGCACAGUGUUCUUCAGUUGCCGACAUAUAUUAGGAUACGCAUAUAGCAAUGAUAUGGAAGUUGUGGAUUAUGUUGCAAGCAUAGCUCCCCUCCUUUGUGUGUCUGUCAGUGUAGACAGUCUAAUUGGAGCACUUUCUGGGAUAGCAAGAGGUGGAGGAUUUCAACAAAUAGGUGCUUACGUGAACCUGGGAGCCUACUAUCUUGUGGGAAUUCCUAUAGGUUUGUUUUUGGGUUUUCAUCUACAACUAAAUGCCAAGGGGCUUUGGAUGGGAACCUUAUCAGGGUCUGUUCUACAAGCAAUUAUUCUUGCUAUUGUAACAGCACUAACAGAUUGGCAGAAAGAGGUUAAAGACCAGAACUUGGACAAUUGGAAUAACACAAAUGCAUCAGUACCACACGCCUUGCGUCAUUAUUAUUACCAUUAUCUUUCAUCAACUCCAGUGGUUGCUGAGGAAAACAUUACCCAAGGUCAAGAAAGUAACACACUGUUGAUAGCAAAUGAGAGGUUGAAACAAGAAAAUGAAAGCUUGUUGAAGGAUAAAGAUAUGGCAUAUGGUCAGAUUACAGACUUAACAAAAUCCUUGGAGGCAUUGCACAAAGAUCUUAAAGACAAAGAGAACAUGGUGCAAGUUUUAAAGCAGUCCUUGGAGAAUCAAAGAAAAGAUCUUCAUGCUAGCAGAAUUGAGAUCAGUAAGCUGAAAAUGAAUAUCGAACGAUCUGGUUCAGGAAAUCAUGUGGUUGUUGGUGAUGUUGACAAAUUUGAACUUGCGUCUUCAGAUAAUUACAAGGAAGAAAUUAACAAAUUGCAAAUGGAAGUUGAAUGGUUAAAGGAACAAAACAGAGGAAUUCCAGAACAUGGAAAAUUUGUUGGCUAUGAAAAUGAAACUUUACGUAUAGAAGACACAGAAAUAGAGAUUCAUGAGGACCAAGGUGCAAUUUCUUACCCUAUGGAUGCAGCACUAGAUAUCAUACGCAAUGAAGAUGCUCAAUCAACAACUUCUCGAACUGUGAGCAAAUAUACCGAUAAACACGAAGAUGAACCAUAUGCAUUAUUCAAUCCUGCAAAUGCAAAUAAUGCUUUUGAAAAUAUUGAAAAUGUCCCUGAACAAAAUGAUAGCAAGCAAGAAGAGGAUAACAAGAUAAAUGCAAAAACAGAUAAUGCAAAUGAUGAAGCAAUAUCAGAGAAGAUGGGAUUAAGAACCAUUCAGAUACUUGCAGAUGCUUUGCCUAAAAUUGUUCCUUAUGUGCUGAUCAAUCAUCGUGAGGAACUUCUUCCAUUAAUGAUGUGUGCAAUUGAGCACCACCCAGAUAGCAGGACUCGGGAUUCUUUGACCCAUACAUUAUUCAACUUAAUCAAGCGCCCUGAUGAACAACAAAGAAGAAUCAUAAUGGAUGCAUGUGUCAGCCUUGCAAAGAAUGUUGGAGAGAUGAGAACAGAAACAGAAUUGCUUCCACAGUGUUGGGAACAAAUAAAUCACACGUACGAGGAACGUAGACUGCUUGUUGCUCAAUCAUGUGGCGAGCUUGCAGAAUUUGUGCGGCCGGAGAUUCGGGAUUCCCUUAUUUUGUCUAUUGUGCAACAACUAAUAGAAGAUGGUGCCAUUAUUGUUCGAGAGGCUGCAGCUCACAAUUUGGCUAUGCUGCUUCCACUUUUUCAAGGCAUGGAUAAAUAUUUCCAGGUGGAGGAGUUGAUGUUCCAAUUGAUGGGUGAUCGAUCGGGAGUGGUGGUCGAAACUACUAUGAAGGAAUUGGUUAUUGCAGUAGUAAAGUGGGGAAACAAAUUAGACCAUGUUUUGAGAGUUUUAUUCUCACAUAUUUUGAGUUCUGCUCAGCAUUGUCCACCUCUUUCUGUAAUGGAAGGGAGUAUAGAGUCACAUCUACAUGUAUUGGGUGAAAUAGAGCGUUGGAAUAUAGAUGUUCUAUUGAGAAUGCUAGAGGAAUUGACUCCUUUCGUGUAUGAAAAAGCAAUUGAGACAUGUCCUUUCUUGUCCGAAGUAGAAUCUACUCAAGUUGUGUUUUCUACCACAUUGCUUAAAUUGUAUUCAAGGGGGAAUGUUGAAUGGGAUGCAUUUGAAUGGAUGCAUCUUGAGUGCUUUCCCAAAUUGAUACAACUGUCGUGCUUGCUACCAUGGAAAGAAGAUAACUUAAGGAGCCGAAUUUCAAAGUUUUUGUUAUCUGUUUCUCAAAGGUUUGGGGAUUCCUAUGUGACAUGCAUCAUGCUACCUGUAUUUUUAACAGCAGUAGGAGAUGAUGCUGAUUUGAUAUUUUUUCCUAGUACCAUAAAAUCAAGAAUCAAUGGUUUGAGACCAAGAUCUAUUGUUGCGGAGAAGCUCUCGACAUUGUGUGUCCUACCACUUGUGUUGGCCGGUAUUUUGAGUGCUCCCGGAAAACGUAAUAAACUGGAAGAUUACACAAGAAAGUUGCUUGUAGAAGACAAUUCAGAGGAGAAUCAACCAACAAAGCACACUCCUGAGAUUAUUAAUGCUAUUCGCUUCAUUAGCAUAUUUGAAGAAAAUCAUGGUAUGAUAUUUACUAUAGUUUGGGAAAUGGUAGCUAGCUCUAGCGUCAACAUGAAAAUCACUGUCGCCAAGCUUCUAAAAGCUAUUGUGCCAUAUAUUGAUGCAAAAAUUGCUUCAACUCAUGCUUUGCCUGCCCUAGUUACACUUGGAUCAGACCAAAACCUUGAUGUUAAGUGUGCAAGCAUUGAAGCAUUUGGUGUUGUGGCUCAACGCUUUAAAAAUGACUCGAUAGUUGACAAGAUACGUGUUCAAAUGGGUGCUUUUCUCGAAGAUGGAUCCCAUGAAGUUACUAUUUCUGUCAUUCGUGCGUUGGUGGUUGCAGUACCAAAUACAACAGAACAACUUAGAGAUUAUAUCCUUAAUUUUUGUAUUUUAUGCAGAAAGGGAAUGUUCAAAAAUGCUCCUAGUUUGUUGUCAUUUGCGUUUUCUGUUCUUAAACUUUGUCGUUUGUUUCUUAACCUUUAUGUACAUCUUGUAUCUAAGAUUUCUCAACUUACAGCCGUGCCAAGUACUGCUUCAAGUGAUCUGACACGCCGGCGAGAAAGAGCCAAUGCAUUUUGUGAGGCAAUUCGUGCUCUAGAUGCUACAGAUCUUUCUGCAAGUAGUGUGCGAGAGUUUCUCCUUCCUGCAACACAAAACCUUUUGAAAGAUUUGGAUGCACUAGAUCCAGCACACAAAGAAGCCCUUGAAAUUAUUAUGAAAGAAAGAACUGGGGAAAGUUUUGGAGGUGCAAGUAAGUCAAUGGGUUCGCAUCUUGGGCUUCCAUCAUCAGUGAGCAAUUUCUUUGGUGAUGGUGGCUUGCUUGGAAAGAGAGACAGCACAGAAGAGAAAGUUGUGUUCCCCAAGGCUGCCACAACAUCACAACCACAAGUAGAGGACACCAGAUUAAGGCGCAUCAUGCUUGGACAUUUUAGUGACAUACUUAGGACAAAGGGAAAACACAAUGACCAUUCUCACAACCAAUAAGACUAUUGUCACAACAAUAUCCAAUUUUUUUCUCUAGUUGCAUAUUUUAAUACAAACUGGUUUUUACUUUGUGUAA